GAGAAGGCAGGUGGUAGCGGAAGUGUUGAGAUCUGGGUCGCGUAUAUGCAACCAAGCUUCUGCUACUGCUUGCAGCUCGGCGAAGGUCGCACAAUUUGGAAUGAGCCAGAUUGGGGCUCUCGCUGCUGGUGUAGGCUUGUCCGCAUCCUUCUCCGCGUCGCGCUUUGCAUUUUCUGCUGCCAAUGAUUCUUUCGCCAUGGUGUCACGGCACAAAGCUGGCACUUCUGGCGAUGUAGAUGUGAGGGCAUCCGGCAGCACCACAGUAGGAGCCUGGUUCAAUGUGCCGGAGCUUGCUGUACGAGAUAUCUACUUCGUUGUACCGUUGGAUUACUCUUCUCCACAUAGUUCCUCUAUCACCAUAUUUGUUCGCGAAGUUGUUGCAGCUGGGAAGGAAGAACAUCAUCUACCGUAUUUGCUGUACCUUCAAGGAGGACCAGGGUUUGAGUGUGCAAGACCUGCGGACGCUAAUGGAUGGAUGAAAAAAGCCUGCGAAGAGUACCGUGUCAUUCUUCUCGAUCAGAUAAUAUCGUAAGAGAUGCAGAAUAUGUCAGGAGUCGUCUCUUACCUCCUGGAGAACGUUGGAAUAUUUUGGGACAGAGUUUUGGUGGCUUUUGCGCAGUUACCUAUCUCAGCCUUGCUCCCGCGGGGUUGCGCUAUGUGCUGCUCACAGGUGGCCUUCCACCCCUUGGUGAUGGCUGCACAGCUGACACGGUUUACCGUGAGUGUUACAAGCGAGUAGCUCUACAAAAUGCAAAAUUUUACUCACGUUUCCCUCAAGAUGAAGAGGUUGUCCGCUCGAUCGUGCGUCAUUUGGCUGAAGAAGGAGGGGUUGCAAUGCCCUCUGGUGGGAUAUUGACGCCUCGGGUCCUGCAGCUGCUAGGUCUUUCUGGGUUGGGUUCCGCAGGUGGUUUCGAGCGGCUACACUACCUGUUGGAGAGGGCAUGGGAUCCAUUAUUGGUGCCAGAUGCAAGUGUCAGACUUAGUCAUACCUUUCUGCGCAUGGUAGAAAUUUGGCUACUGGACUUUGACACGAAUCCACUAUACGCUCUUCUACAUGAGAGUAUAUAUUGCCAGGGAGCAGCGUCAAACUGGGCAGCGCAGCGUGUUCGCGAGGAGUUGGGAGAUCAGUUCGAUGCUGUGAAGGCUGCGACUAAUGGUCAGAAGGUGCUCUUCACAGGGGAGAUGAUCUUUCCCUGGAUGUUUGAUGACCUGAAGACCCUGCAGCCUUUUAAGGAGGUUGCAGAGAUUCUGGCAAAGAAGGAAGACUGGCCCCCGUUGUAUGAUAUGACGACUCUGAGAAACAAUAAGGUACCUGUUGCCGCUGCCGUGUACUAUGAAGAUAUGUAUGUGAGCUUCAAACUUUCUGAAGCUUCUGCAGCGGAAAUAAAAGGAAUACGGAUGUGGGUAACAAAUGAGUACAUGCACUCUGGAAUCCGAGAAGAUGGGCCCCGUAUAUUAGACCAUCUAUUUGAUCUCCUUAAAGGGAAACUUCUGCUUCGGUAAAUCUGGUGAUAAAAUCCCCCAGGAAUAGAACCAUAUUCGACUGCGUCAUAACCUGCUUGAGUCCGGGUCGAGUAUCCCAUACCAUCAUUUCCUCGCAAACACAAACCUGAGUCUUCUGACGUCUUAUCACCAUAUUUGGUGGCGAGCUUGUCGAAAGGCCUCCAUUUGAUUAGUGCCUCACGCUUAGGAUUCAGCUCAUUGAAGUGUUUGUUUAGAUCUUCUUCAGUCUACCGAGCGAUUUGGGAGUGUCCCAGGCCGAUUUACGCCGGCCAAGGUGCUGAACGCGCAAUAUUCACAAGACAGGGACCUCACGAAAUUUUGUCAAGCCUUAACAGAAUAGAACAAAGUUGACUGUAUUUGCUUCGUCAUAGCUCGCCCACGUCGAAGUCAUGGUUUAUAUCAUACAAGUCGGGGCUCUCCCCUCUCGGCAGGAAUUGAAUGACGCUCGUCACUGCGUAUUUCAGCUCGGCUACGCAGUGGGGUUCGAACUCAUUUCUAGCUUGUCUUGAGUGAUGCAACGCGAUGACGAUCUGUGAACUCCCACGUGAAAGUUCCCACAGUAAAUAUUCUACCAAAUAUUGGCUCCCGCCCGCUCUGCAAGAGUUUCGCGUGAAGAAUCUACAAAUUGAAAUUCGAGCGCACGUCCGGCACCCUACGAAAAGGAGGGCAAGCUGUGGAGUCAAUGGGUCUUGUUCCGAUUCUCGCUGGACUGGCAUGAUUGAGGAAUCGAUUGCAGGGUAGAUGAGCAGAGCAGAGUCCUGGACCGAGGAUGACAACACCGUGAAGACGCAACUUGUAGUUCGCCUCCGUGUCUCAUAGGACACGUGAACACCGAUCGUACAAUGUGCGAGCCCUGAACUUUCGAACUCAUCAAGCUCUUCAGCUCAGAUGAAGACUAUGUAACAGCAGGACCGUGGUGGGGCAAUAGCACAGUGUUUCAGGUUGUAGUCGUGGCCGAGUUUUGCGACAAGUUUUACAAAACCAUAUUUACUCGAACAAAAAGCAUGUGAAUGCUUGUAGAUCAUGUGGCUCAGUCUGCUUAGAUACGUUUCGUAACAUGAGAACAAGAGGAUCAGCUCACUCGUGUUUUCGAAAUGUUGUAAUGUGGCUGAUGUAAGGUUUCUGGACCACAUUUGUCCACAUCUCAGAAUAUCUGUUUAC